AUGCAGGCAGCCACUCCUUCCACUUCGACGGCUCCGUCAGCUGGCUCUACUGCCAUGACGUCUCUGAUGCUGUAUACGCACAAUGUCGCGCGCGCCCUCAAGCCUUCCACCGAUGGCGAGCUGGCACACGCGAUCCACGAGACACUGCACUACGCUCUCGACGGGGACGAGGCCGACUGGGCUGCCGGUGCCGAUUCGCGCGCCAGCACUACGCCAUGCGGUCCAGAUCAAGGAGCAACAGCAGCUUCAGGAUCAGCAGCGGCUGAACCUGGGUCGGUCCGGCCAGGCUUCUUUGCAACGGGCGACGACGAGCGGCCCUUCAUCUCGUACGCAUGGAACGCGAAGAAGCGACAGCUCACCCUGCCCAACCCAGUCACCGUGGUCAACCCGACGCUGAUGGACCCUUGCGCGCCCGACUGCAACACCCGCGACUCUUUCGACGUCACGGCCAAGUUCUUUUUCCUUGGCGAGGAGGAUGACGACAUCGGCGAUGAGGCAAAGGACAUUGGGCCCCGGACAGAGUGGAUCGAGGAGGCCUUGGAAAAGUUUACUUUGGCCACAGGGCUGGCCACGGUGGACACACUCAUCAUCGCCUUUCCUGGAAAGGACCUUGACGGCGUGGACCGGAGGCGACGGCGGCCUGAGCACACUGCUUCGGCCAACGGCAAUGGCGUAGACGACCGGCGGCAAAAGCUGCAAAGGGACGUGUCGGCCAUCGCAAAGGUCUGGCAGCAGCUGUCACCCAACCCGAGAAUACUGUCAAUGGGCCUGAGCGAUCUCUCUCUCGAAGCGCUCAACCUUCUCUUCCAAUCGUUCAAUCCAGCACCACCACCGGCGCCUGAGACGGCCUCAGCUAGCAGCGCGUUCAGCACGCCAAAGUCGGCCAUGUCGACCAUCCCGAUCCCAUCUUCGCCCUCCUCUCCCUCUGUCUCGUCGAACCAGCAGCGCACAGAGCUAGGCGACGGCGCAUUCCAGGCCUACCGGCUUCCGAGCCCCACGAGACGGCCGCGGAUUCACACGAUCAAUCUCAAGGAGCACGGGGGCUGCACAGAUGGGCGAUGCAUAGAUCGGGAGCUGGCAGAGUGGUGCAAAGCCCAGGGCAUCCUCCUUGUCGCGCACAACGAUCAGAGGGACAUCCUGCCAGCGAGGACACUGCCGAACCUCAUGGCCGAGUUCAAGGGCAAGUUCCCACACUGCGGCAGCCAGCCUCUUUCCACGCCAAGGCUCGCGCCGAGGUGGUGCUUCAAGUACACGGUCCUCAUUCGCGACCGAGGCGUCCUGGCCGACAAAGGGUGCGUCUCGCCAGCCUUUUCUUGCCCUCAUACCUGCUCCCACUUACAUCGAUCUUGCCUUCUUCCGCAGCUUCAUCCUCUACUCGGACGUCAUUGCCGAUGCCCACCUACAACCAUAGACGAAAACAAAGGGGGGCUUCCGUUGCGCAAGAGGAGCAGAUCCGAGCACAUACACAAACACACACAAUGAUUCUCACACCUUCCAUCCCAAUCUUGUUUGCCAUGUUGAAUGCGAUGUAAUUGGAAUGCUUGUCGUUUACAGAUGGAGAUGUGUUGGAAAAAGAGAGAGGUACCCAUCGUUGAAGGAUAGAUCGAAGGGUCUGGUUGGAGACCCUUUUUGGAGAGAAAAAAACAUGGUCACCGUCCACGUCAUGAGCCACAAAGACAAAAGAGAAAAAAAGAGAAAAAAAAGAAAGGAGAAACACAGAGGAAAGAAGAAGAAGGAAGAAGCCGAGGACCCUAGGAGCAGUUGAUGCUUCCUUUCAGGCCUCACAGAGGGACAAACCAGCGCAGAAGGGAGGGAGAAGAAGAGGAAGACGAGCCCUCUACUUGGCCAGCUCCGAGCGAGCGCGCUUGGCUGCCUCGACCAUGUUCUUGCACUGGGC